AUGGCCCCCACCAAGCCCGCAACGAAGAAGGUUGCGCCGAAGAAGGCGCCCGCAGCCAAGAAGCCCGCUGCCGCAAGGGCUGCUGCGCCCAAGGCUGCCGCUGCGCCCAAGGUGAAGAAGACCCCCACCAAGAAGCCCGCGGCGGCCAAGCCCAAGAAGGCCGCGACUCCCGCCAAGAAGGCCGCCGCCAAGACCAAGACGCCCAAGAAGACCCCCGCCAAAAAAACCCCGGCCAAGAAGGUGGCGUCCGCCAAGAAGACCCCCGCCAAGAAGGCGACCCCCGCCAAGGCCUAA